AUGUUGGUAAGAUCAAAUAAUAAACAAGUUAUUCCUCAUAAUUAUAAAGGAAUUUUUAUCUCUACUUCUAAUAAUAAUAAAACUUUAUGCACCUUAAAUUAUAAUAAAUCUGUUAGUGUAUACGGUGAAAAAUUCAUAAAAAUAAUUAAAGCUGAUAAAUCUACUGAUGAAUAUAGAUUGUGAAAUCCAUAUAGAUCUAAAAUAGGCGCUUCUAUCCUCCUAGGUUUAAAAAAUUUUGGUAUUAAACCAUCCUCUAAAAUACUCUAUCUAGGUGCUGCUUCAGGUACUACUGUCUCCCAUAUCUCUGAUAUAUUAUAUACAGAUCCUGAAAAUAAAGGAAUAAUUUUUGCAGUAGAAUUUAGUCAAAGAAGCGGUAGAGAAUUAGUUCAAUUGUCAAUGUCAAGAAGAAAUAUUAUCCCUAUAAUAGAAGAUGCAAGAAAACCUCAAAAUUAUAGAUUUCUUAUAGAUCAAGUAGAUAUAGUAUUCGCUGAUAUAUCUCAAUCUGAUCAAACUAAAAUAUCUAUUAAUAAUAGCUUAUUUUUCCUAAAACAUAAUGGCUUAUUAUUAAUCUCCUGUAAAGCAUUAUGUAUAAAAUCUACUUCUGAACCUUCCGUCAUUUAUAAAGAACAAAUGAAAAUAUUAGAAGAUAAUAAUUUUCAACCUUUAGAAUUACUUGAUAUGUCCUUAUAUCAUAGAGGUCAUGCAAUGAUAGUCAGUAGAUACAUAGGAAAUUAA